CUGGGAGUGAUGCAUAUAGUGAUGACGUUGUCAUGCACAACCGGUCAGUAUGAUAUUUCCUUUUAGCUACCUCAAAACAUUCUAAGAGGAUGACGUUUCGUGCGUAACUCGACCUGGCAGCGAUUGUCAGUGGUAAUCAAAUGCUCUGAAUGGCUGAAGUUCAAUGUAGGUAGCAGCUAAUGUAGCUAGCCUAGGCUAGUGAGUGUUCAUUUUACUCUCGCCAUUCUGUCUGGCAGUACUGUAGAAUCCCACCGCUUUUUCGUCACUACAGGAUGCUCAAGCUGUUCGGUGGGCUAGUUCUUGUCGGACUAGCGUUGGCGUGCUUAGCGUCCUGGGUGCUGGAUACAUAUGACACCGCUUGGCACCCCAAACGGAGUGUUCGACAUUCCCGCGCCGGUGAUGAAGAGAAAGUUAUUAGGACUAGUCUUCCUCCGUAUCCCGGCGGCGAUUUGGAUAACGUGUUCUGGUUUCUGCAGGUGUCUGACAUUCAUAUCAGUCGAUUCCGUGACAAAAAACGCAUUUCAGACUUUGAAAAAUUCUGCACUGAUACCAUUGAAGUUAUCCAACCUGCACUUGUGCUCGCAACAGGAGAUCUGACAGAUGCGAAGACUGAGAGCAAGGUGGGCUCCCUGCAGCAUGAGGUGGAGUGGCAGGCCUAUCACAACAUCCUGAAGAGAUCCCGGGUGCUGGAACGCACCAAAUGGAUUGACAUCCGUGGGAACCAUGAUGCCUUCAAUAUUAUUUCGUUGGAUAGUAUCAACAACUAUUACCGGAAGUACUCAGCCAAUCAGAAGGAUGGCUCCUUCCACUACAUCCACACGACGCCCUUCGGCAACUACUCUUUCAUCUGUGCUGACGCAACUCUCACCCCCGGACCAAAAAGGCCAUACAACUUCUUUGGCAUUCUCAACCAGACUCAGAUGGACCUGUUGGCCUCCUUCAGGACUGACAGCCAGAGCAGCAACCAGUCCAUCUGGUUCGGCCAUUACACCACUUCCACCAUCAUCUCCCCCUCCCCUGGUGUACGAGGGGUGAUGAGCUUGGCUGUAGCGUACCUGUGUGGACACCUUCACACCCUGGGGGGGCUGAUGCCUGUUCUGCACAGCCGACACCCUGAAGGCACCCUGGAGCUGGAGCUGGGAGACUGGAUGGACAACCGCAGGUACAGAGUGCUGGCGUUUGACCACGACCUGCUGAGCUUCUUGGACCUGAAGUUCCAGCAGUGGCCUGCAGUCCUCAUCACCAACCCCAAGGAGGCGCAGUACCUCCACCCUGGCGUGGAGCCGCUGGGGAGGAUACAGAGAUCCACUCAUAUCAGGAUCCUGGCCUUCUCCGAUGCCCCAGUAGCAGCAGUUCACAUCAGCGUGGAUGGGAAGGUGCUGGGUGAAGGGCGCUCUGCUGGAGGUCCUCUGUUCGUGUUGCCAUGGGAGCCCUCGGUCUACCUCAGUGGGCUACACACUAUCACUGUCCGAGUGGAGGACGCUGUGGGGAGGUCAACAGUUCGAGAGCAGCUCUUCACCCUGGAGCACAGCCUCACUCCCAGCUUCAGUUUCUUCCAGUCCUUCAUCCUGCUCACCGACCAUUAUAUCCUGGCCCGGUUAGCCUUUGUUGUGUUGAUGCUGCUGAAUAUUGGAGUUCUGAUGGCGUUCAGGUUCAUGACUGUGCCCACUGUCAGAGCAUCUUCAGGUCUGUUCAUGUGGAUUGGUUUAUCCUUGCACCUAGUCAGUAAAUCUGACACUUUCUUCUACUCACUGACCCUCUUCAACUUCUGUACUGCUUUAGGUCCUUGGUUCAUAGGAGAGUUGAUUGAUGGUCACAGCGGAGCCUGCUUUUCCUUUGGGGUGUUUAUCGACGGACACUUCCUGGAGGGAAGUCUCACAUAUGUAGUUGGAUUUAUGCAGCUCCUCUUCUUCAACAUGCCUCUCACCUGUUACCUGUGCUGGAGCCUUCACCUGCGCAGCCGAGGCAACUCGUUCCGCUCGCACUUCUCUGGUCCGGCGUGUCGGUGGAAGACUCUAGCGGUGCACGCCGUCAUGUUGCUGCUGCUUGUCUGGCAGGCCUACUCCUGUUACUUCCUGCUGGAAACCUACGGACCUCUGGCCUUCUUCCUGUCUCCAGUCCGCACUUGGGCAGUAGGACUUGCCCUGCUAUUGGUGUACUGGGCCUGGAGGGGCCCCACCCCCCGUCUCCGUAGCAACGCCAAGACACCAGCACCCUCUUGACAGUUGCACUUCCGUUCUUGACUUUGGACUGGAGGGUUCUCUACGUGCCAAUACUGACCAUGUCUAUCCAUCCACUUUUCUAUGCCCCAUUCAGACUAUUUCCCAAUCUUCCUCUUUGCACUCUUUCCCUCUCUAUUCACAGCCACUCAUUAUAUUUCUAUUUUCAAAACAGAUUAAGAGUUGCCUUGUUUCAUAUGCAUGUUAGUGUAAAGCAGAGCACAUCCUUUUGAACAGCAAUGAAGAUCUGGGCAGUAUCACUCUAUCAGUAUAUUUUGUGGAUUGCAUAGAUUGACGUCAUAGACUGGACCAGCUCUAAACCAAUAUUGUGGAUAGACUGUUCAGCCAAUAUCACUACUGUUCCUUAGUUAGAAAGCUGAUGUAGACAAUAUUCGAUUGUGCUAAAAUCAAUGGAUUAAAUGGAUGCAUAGUCUGCAAUGUUGACCACUUAUGACUUAAUUAGGCGGAUUUUCAGCAUGUUACCUUGGUAAGCCGCCACAAAGGUCAAAUGCCUCUAAGUUCAAAUCCAAUGACUCAAUUAGCUAUGGCAUACUCCUUGAAGUUUUUAUCAUGGCCCGUUUUACACCGCUAUAGCAGAGUAAUCAUCUGAAUGAGGUAUUUUAUCCUUUCCAUUAUGUUGCUCAUGUAAAAUAUUUUCUUUAAAGAAAGCAGCUGUUUCUCAGGAAUGGGAGGAUUUGAACAGUAAUCUGUUUGAAUUUGGUUAGUUAUAAACCAAUAAUAUAUACAUAUAUUAGUGGAAAAUCUAUGCAAUCAAAGCAUGUUUCAGAAUCAGUCGUUUUUGUGCUGUUAAAACAUUUGUGUAAAAUAGUUAGGGUGAAAUGAACAGAUUUGAAUUAGAAUGCUGAUUAAUUUAUGGUUCUUGUUUGUAAUUUCCUUGCACUUGGCUUGGUUAGAACAGGGGUGUCAAACCGGUUCCACGGAGGGCAGAGUGUCUGCAGGUUUCUGGGUUUUCCUUUAAAUUGGUUCCCGGU